AUUUGCAGGACAUACGAGACGGGUUUUGUUGUUGUUGCUGUCACCUGUCAAUGAAUGAAAACUGCACUAGAUAGAAUUAUACAGAUCAAUUGGACGUUCCGAAUCGAGUCAUGAACGAAUCUAGUGAAAGGAAGUUUGAGAUAGAGACGAAGCUUGAAAAGGAACUUGGAAAUCUUAAUUUGCUCAAAGAAAGGGUGAGCAAAAGUAACCAACUUACCAAAGGAAUAACCAACAUUUUAUCAAGUUUUGAACAUCGACUAGCUCGGCUGGAGGAAACGAUUCUCCCUGUCUACAAUGAAACAGGGAAUCUACAGCGUCAGCAAGAAAAUGUUGAAAGAACGCUUGUGGCUCUUGAGCAUGUGAUAAGCUUUUACAGCGUCAGUCAAGAAGUAGAGCCGAUCAUUCGAAUGGGUCCUGGUCCCUCUCAAAAUGGCAUUCCAUCUCUGGAGCCCUUCCUCAAGGCAAUGGACAGACUUCAAUCAGCUCAAGAAUAUUUUGAAAAGAACAACCCACAGAGUGUGGAACUUGAAAAUGUGACUACACUCUUCACAUCUGGUGGUGAUGCUUUGAAUCGAGAGUUCAAAGAUAUUUUGGUUCGUCAUAGUAAAUCUGUGCCCCCAAUAACACUUCUAGAUUUAGUUGCUGCUGAUGAAGACACAUCUGGAGAAGAUGCUCCACCUUCUCUUUCUCCUUUCCCUGACAAUGUUAUACAAGAAUUGGUGCAUAUUGCUGACUGGCUCAUUGCUCAUAAUCGUGAUGACUAUAUGAAUACUUAUGCUAAACAUCGAGCUGGAGUCUUGAUGAAAUCUUUGACAAAUCUUAGAGAGCAGCAGAAGACCCAUAGUGGUGGGAGCACUCAUGGUUUGAAUACAGCUGGCUCCCCAAUGCUGCGUCAGAAAUUCCAAAAUCGUCAUGAAACACCCAAUCGUAGAGCAUCCAGACGCCUUCAGCAUGUGUUAGAAAAAAAAGCCAACAAGAUGUUUCUCAAGGCCUCUCAAACUCUAGAGCAAUCCACAGGCCUUACUUUUGGUCCGAGAAGAGCCUCUUCCCAUUUUGCAGAACAACGAGAGGAUGUUGUUGAUGAUGUGGAAAUGGAAAAUUACCUUGUGUGUGUCAUGGCUCUGCAACGUCUCAUGCAAAGUGAAAGAGUCCUCAUGGCUGGUAUUAUUCCUUUGUCACACCAACCUCAUGUCUUCGAAACAAUAGUUUCAGAGGCCAUAGAUUCUAUAGUGCAGGAAGGAGAGAAUAUUGCUGUCCGUGCCAAAAGAUGCAUCAAUCGUCAGGAAUAUGGUGCUGUUCUUGUCAUAUUUCCAAUCCUGAAACACCUUCUUACAUUACGUCCUGAGUUUGAAAAAAUUCUUGAAGGCUGUGAAUACAAUGUGCGCUCUAAAUUUAAUUCACUCCUCAACACACUUCAUAGCACAGGAGCCAAAGCUUUGGAGGACCUUAUUGAAAGCAUUCGAGCUGAUCCCAGUGCUCAGCUGCCCAAGGAUGGAACAGUGCACGAACUUACCAGUAAUGUUCUGGUAUUCUUAGAACAAUUACUUGAUUAUGCUGAUACAAUAGCAGGAGUUUUGGAGAAAGAACCAGCAUAUAUGGCAGCAUUACAUCAUGCUGGUCUGGCAAACCGCACAGAACGAGCAAGAGCUCUCCUUGGAAUUUAUGUCAAGAAAGUGGUUUCACAGCUCAACACAACUCUGCUCAGUAAAAGUGAUCUUUAUGGAGAUGUUGCUGUUCGUUCCGUUUUCCGUUUGAACAACAACCAUUAUGUUCUGAAAGCUCUGCAGAGAUCAGGCCUAUCUGAACUUGUUCAACUGACUGAGGUGGACUGCCAGCAAUUGUAUCAUGAUAUGAUUCAGCAACAUAAAAAGGACUACACUCAAAGCUGGAGUAGGGUUCUUAACUAUAUUUCUACAGUUGAUGAUAUCCCACCUUCUGUUCUCCAAUCUGGGAAGUUGAGGGAUAGAGACAGAAACACCAUCAAAGAAAAGUUUGCCGGUUUCAACAAAGAAAUGGAAGAAAUGGCAAGAGUUCAAAGGGGCUAUUCUAUCCCUGAUGUUGAACUACGUGAGAGUUUGAAAAGAGAUAACAAGGAGUACAUUCUGCCAAAAUAUAAUGCCUUUUAUGAAAAAUAUGCAGGUCUUCAAUUUACAAAAAAUCCUGAAAAAUAUGUUAAGUACACUGGUGUUCAAGUGUCAGCAAUGAUUGAUCGUUUCUUUGAUGUUGCUGCCUGAAGAACAAUGUAGCUCUGUCCACAUCGAAUUUUAUUAUUGUUGUUAUAUUAUUUAUCUGUUUCAAAUGCAUGCUAGUAUAUUUUUUCAUAGAAAAUUGUAAUUACUCGUUAUAUUUAAUAAAUUAUCUUAACUUUAA